AUGAACAAAUAUCGUGACAAGGUGAAAGCAAUGUUUUAUCAUGCAUACAACAGCUAUCUUUUGCAUGCUUACCCACUUGAUGAAUUGAAACCACUUUCAUGUUCCGGCAUGGAUACAUGGGGAAGCUUUAGUUUAACAUUGAUCGAUUCAUUGGAUACGCUACUUAUUAUGGGUAAUGAAACGGAGUUCAUGCGCGCUGCUGAAAUUGUUCUACGUACUGUUAAAGUUGAUAUGAAUGUUAAUGUGUCAGUAUUUGAAACGAACAUACGGGUUAUCGGUGGUUUAUUAAGUGCUCAUAUGCUUUCUGGACGAGUAAAAGGGAUGGAAUUAGAACCGGGAUGGCCUUGUUCGGGACCUUUACUGCGAUUAGCCGAACGUUUCAUCCAAAGGCUGAUGCCUGCUUUUAAAUCUGCUACGGGAAUGCCUUAUGGGACUAUAAACUUAAAAUAUGGCCUUCAUCCGAAUGAAACAGCCAUAACGUCUGUGAAAGCAUUAGAUUCUCUAUGGAAAUUGCGUUCAUCAUUAAAUUUGGUUGGAAAUCAUAUUAAUGUGGAAACUGGAGAAUGGACUGCAACAGAUGCUGGUAUCGGCGCUGGUGUAGAUUCAUAUUUUGAGUAUCUCGCAAAAGCUGCUUUAUUAUUUCAACGUCCUGAACUAAUGAAGCAAUUUAAGACAUAUGUAAAAGCAAUUAAUAAAUAUAUCCGAAGAGAUGAUUGGUUUGUAUGGGUUUCAAUGACUAGCGGGCAAUUAUCAAUGCCUAUAUUUCAAUCUUUAGAAUCAUUUUGGCCUGGUGUAUUGGCACUGACUGGAGAUGUUGAUGAUGCACAGCGAAUAAUUUAUCAGUACAGUCAAGUGAUACGACAGUAUGGAUUUCCACCAGAGUUUUUCAAUCUUCCAAAACAGGAAGCGGUGUCAAAGCGUGCUGGUUACCCACUGAGACCGGAAUUUGUGGAAAGUUUGUAUUAUGUUUAUCGAGCUACAAAAGAUCCCUUACUACUAGAGAUUGCUGCUGAAGUGGUUGAUGCUAUUGAAUAUAGCUGUCGUACGAAGUGUGGUUACGCUACAGUUGUUAAUGCCGAAUUUCACUCAGUUGAAGACAGAAUGGAAUCAUUUUUUCUUGCGGAAACUACAAAAUAUCUGUAUUUGCUCUUCGAUCCGGAUAAUUUCAUAAAUGCUGAUGGUACCGUAGCACGUAUUAUUAAUACACCAAAUGGAAAGUGUAUAAUCGAUGCUGGUGGCUAUAUAUUCAAUACGGAAGCGCAUCCAUUGGAUCCAGCAAUCAUUUAUUGUUGCAGUGCAAAACGUAACAGUGAUUUGGAAAUGAUAUCACGAUUCGAAAAUAAUAUUGAUCUUGUCGCAUUAGCAGGAAUUUUUGAUGAGACAUUACAUCCUUUCGGAAGAAGUUCAUUUCUUGAAAACACGGACAAUCAUGUAAAUAGUGGUCAGAAUAUUAAAAGCGAAAAUUUGCUUAAACAAUCAUCUUUAACAAACCCAUGGUUGUAUGAUUAUAUCGCUGUUUAUGAUGAUCGUUGCUUGAAUUGUUGUUGGCCUACAGAUUUCAACAUUGCAAAUGUUCCAUUUCGUCGUUUUUUAAAUGUGGUGUUUGCUAAACAUAUUUAUCCUUCAAAGGGUAUUCAUUUUACUGUUGGAUUAACGUGUUUCUCGACCGGUGAUAAUAUUUUCGAAGCUAUAUAUGAAGCUAAUUGGUUGGAUGUGUAUGAUGCCACUGAACAACUUGCUUCUAUUGAUGAAAUAAGUUUCAACAAAUUUCGUUAUCGAAGUAUGGCUGAAGUAGGCUACGAUGUACUUCUAACACCACCGCUUUCUUAUCUUUCUAGAUUUACUGGAUUAGGACAGGUGAAACCUAAAUCUGAUGAUGUACAAUAG